AUGGAAGCAGAAAGAAAGAAAGAAAGAAAAGAAGAGACCACCAGAAGACCUAGACCAGACCCAACAGGCGUGGUCAACGUAAUAAUGGGCGGAUCAACCGGAGGAGACAGCAACACCACAAGAAAGAAAGCGGCUAGGACGGUCUAUUCUGUCAGCCCAAGUGCACCAGAAGCAAAGAAGUUUGGGAGCAUAUCUUUUUCAGAAAGUGAUAGCCAUGGGUUAUCACUCCCCCACGAAGACGCCCUGGUUGUCAAGGGACGACUAAACAAUUUCGAAGUAUCCCGAAUGCUUGUAGACACGGGAAGUUCGGUCAACAUGAUCACGAUGGAGGUAUUUGGAAGGAUCGGACUAAAAAAGGAAAGUUUGACACGGGUCUCCACUCCGUUGGUAGGACUGGGAGGCAAAUCUGUACAGGUGGAAGGAUCAUUAGAGAUAAGCAUCCAACUGGGGGAUGGAGAAAUCUAUAAAGAAGUCCGAGCGGAAUUCAUGGUAGUCAAUAUGGACUUCGCCUACAACGCAAUCCUGGGAAGGCCACUACUACACGACACGUGUGCGUCCAUUUGCGUGAGGUAUUUACUGAUGAAAAUCCCGACCAGGGAAGGCGAUGCAGAAGUCAGAGGAUGUCAGAAAUCAGCAAGAGAGGCAUACUUCACGGCCCUCAAAAAGGUUCACGUAACUUUGCCAGUGUUAACAAUGGAACCUCCAGAAAGGACAGAGAAGGCAGAACAUUAUGGGCGAACCACGAAGAUAGAGCUAUCCCCAGGAAAAGAGAUAGUGGUCGGAGACGAGCUGGAGGAAGGGAUCAAGCGGUCUCUGACAGAAAACCUCAGAACACUGGGAGACUCCUUUGCCUGGACAACAGAAGAACUGAUCGGAGUAAACCCAGAUGUCAUAUGCCAUCGGUUAAACAUAGCGGCCGACUCAAAGCCCGUAGUACAAAAGAAUAGAAGACACUCGCCCGAAAAACAGCUAGCCAUUGCAGAAGAAAUCGCCAAAUUGAAGGAAGCAAACGUGAUCAAAGAUGCUUAUUACCCAAAGUGGGUGGCCAACGUAGUAAUGGUGAAAAAAUCCAACGGCACUUAUCGAAUGUGUGUAGACUUCACAGAUCUAAACAAGGCAUGUCCUAAAGAUAGUUUCCCAUUACCAAGCAUCGAUCAAUUAGUGGACUCUACGGCGGGCCACGCCCUAUACGCGUUCCUGGACGCCAAAGCAGGAUACCAUCAAAUACCCAUGGCACCAGAAGACCAGGAAAAAACGGCUUUCGUAACAGACCAGGGGUUAUUUUGUUAUAAGAUGAUGCCGUUCGGCCUAAAAAACGCGGGAGCCACAUACCAGCGGUUGGUGAACUUCAUAUUCAGAGAUCAGAUUGGAAAACACAUGGAAGUUUAUGUGGAUGACAUGAUUAUUAAGAGUGUCAGGACUGAAGACCAUCCAAAGGAUGUGAAGGUAGUCUUAGAAACGCUGAAAAGAUACCAAUUAAAGCUAAAUCCGGAGAAGUGUGUAUUUGGAGUACCAGCAGGAAAGUUCUUGGGAUACAUGGUCUCCCAGCGUGGGAUUGAAGCCAACCCAGAUAAAAUUGAAGCAGUCUUGAAAAUGGCGCCACCUCGGACCAUUCACGAAGUCCAGAAACUCAACGGCCGGAUCACAGCCCUAGGUCGGUUCAUGUCUUGCUCGGCCAAACGAUGUUUACCUUUCUUCAAAACCCUGAAACAGAUCAAGAACUUCACAUGGACAGCAGAAUGCCAGCAGGCGUUUGAGGAAUUGAAAAGCUUCCUAUCCUCACCCCCACUUUUGGCGAGACCAGAUCCGGGCGACGUGUUAUAUUUAUACAUCUCUUGCUCUGACGAAACAAUAGCAGGAGUAUUGGUAUCGGAAAAAGGAGGAGAACAAUACCCGAUCUACUACAUUAGCAAAGUGCUCAGAGAUGCGGAGCUAAGAUACCCAAAGUUGGAAAAGCUGGCGCUAUGCAAGGCGGAGACAAGUGGACGCAUAGCAGAAUGGGCCGUCAAAAUAGGAAGCCUGGGCGUUAUCUAUGAAGCUCGAAAAGCAAUGAAAGCUCAAGCACUAGCCGACUUCUUCGCAGAAUUAACAUUCAAGGAACCCAUGGAGGACAAAACGACUCCUUGGGAGAUACACGUCGAUGGAGCAGUUUGCGGAGAAGGAGCGGGUAUCGGAGUCGUGCUCAAAGGACCAGGAAGAAUCCAAAUGGAAUACUCAGCAAGACUCGAAUUUCCAGCUUCCAACAAUGUUGCGGAAUAUGAGGCGCUGAUAACAGGGUUGCAAUUGUGCGAAGAACUCAAUAUCUCCGAAGUCCAGAUCUAUAGUGAUUCACAACUAGUCGUGAACCAAGUCUCAUGGAACUUCGAAGUAAAAGAAGCUACAUUGAAGAAAUACGCCAAGCAAGCCAAAACCUUCUUUGCCAAUAAUGGGCGAUCCUGGUCGUUACAGCAAAUACCUAGAGCAAUGAAUGGAAGAUCAGACGAAUUGGCAAAGUGGGCAGCAACAAAGAAUUACGACUCAAUGAGAAACAUCCCUCAUGAAAUCAAACGACAACCUAGCUUCCAAGAAGAAAUUGAAGAAGGCGAAGUACUGAUGGUAGAAGGGGAAGAAACCUGGAUGACCCCCCUCACAGCAUACUUGGCUAAUGGAAUACUCCUCGAGGAUAGAAAGGAAGACAAAAGAAUAGUGAUACUAUCAUCAAAGUUCGGAAUAUACAACGGCCAGCUGUACAAACGGUCAUUCACCCAUCCCUGGCUAAGAUGUGUGAACAAAGAAGAAGGAGAGUACAUCAUGAAAGAAUUACAUGAGGGGACCUGCGGAGCACAUGACGAAGCACUGCUACAAGGCUAUUAUUGGCCCACGAUGAAAGAACAAGCUACAACGCUAGUAAGGGGAUGCUGGCCUUGCCAGCAACAUGCUUUGGUACCAAGAAAGCAAGCUUCAGAAAUGAAACCGAUCGGCAGUGCGUGGCCCUUCGCCCAGUGGGGUAUGGAUAUCCUAGGACCUCUCCCUUUGGCUACAGGACAACGGAAGUUCUUGGUAGUGGCAAUCGACCAUUUCACUAAGUGGAUAGAAGCAGAACCACUGGCAAAAAUCACCCAGCAACGCAUAACUAACUUUUUCUUUAGAUCUAUCUUGUGCAGGUUUGGAAUACCGAAGGUGCUAAUCACAGACAAUGGAAAGCAGUUCGACUCAGCAAAAUUCAGAAAGUUCUGUGCCGAAUAUCAAAUCAAUUUGAGGUUCACCUCGGUUUAUCAUCCACAAUCAAAUGGGCAAACCGAAGUGGCCAACAUGAUUCUACUGGCCGGACUAAAAAGAAGAUUAGACGAAUACAAAGGAAGAUGGGUAGAAGAACUCUACAGCGUUCUAUGGAACUACCGUACCACCCCUAGGGAAUCAACGGGCGAAACUCCAUUCGCCCUAGCUUAUGGAACGGAGGCUGUAAUUCCUGUAGAGAUUGGCGCACCCACACCAAGGACAGAGGACAACCAGCUAAACCUAGAAGAAAACGAAGAAGAGCUCAGGAACAAUCUGGAUCUCCUGGUUGAAAAAAUCAACAGAUCAGAUAUCAGGAUGGAAGCCUACAGACAAAAGAUGGCCAAACAUUUCAACAGCCAUGUAAAGAAAAUAAAAUUCAAACUAGGCGACCUCGUCAUGCGAAAGACCGAAGUCAAAAAAGGAGAAGCAGGAAGCGGAAAACUGCAGCCAAACUGGGAAGGACCUUACACCAUCAGCGAGGUCAUUAAGGAAGGAACAUUUAAGCUCACUAACUCCAUGGGAAGAAUCAUACCAAGGACAUGGAACGCCAACAACUUGAGGAAGAUUUAG